AUGGCGCCGUCCGUAAGCAGUACCAGCUCCAGUAGUAGCAGUACCAAUACCGCCUCCGACCCGGACACCCCCUCCAUCUCCCGCUCGAGUACCAGCUCCAGCUCCGGCACCAGCAGCAGCUCCAACACGCCCCCCCUCUCCCCCACCAGCUCCGUCUCCAGUACUAGUACUAGUACUAGCACCAAGGCCGGCACCGCCGCCGCCGCCGCCGCCAAGCUCGCCGCCAAGCGCUCGCUGGUGCCCGCCCGCUGGACCGACUGCUCGGUGCGCACCCUCGGCAUGGCCGAGUGCCGGGACGCGGCGCUGACGCUGGCGCACGCGUUUGCCGCGGACGAGUAUGCGCAGUACGUGGUGGCGGAUGAUGGGGUGGGUGCGGGUGUGGGUGUGGGGGAUGAUGAUGAUUGUAAAAGGGGUGGUGGUGGUGGUGUGGGGGGAAGGAGGAGGAGGAGUAGUAGAGGAGGGUUGACGGCCGAGGAGGACAGGUGGCGGCUGCAUGUCGAUAUCCUGACCUACACGGUCGCCUCGCACUGCAUGAGCGGGCUGGUCACGGCUGUGGGCGCUGAGUGCGAUUGCGUUGCGCUCUGGGUCCCGCCCGGCAAGUAUCUCGACGGAUGGUGGACGCAGCUCCGUAGCGGCAUGUGGCGGCUGUACUUCCAGCUCUCGCCCGAGGGCAAGAAGCGUUACUUCGACGAGAUCCUGCCGCGCCUGAACGACGCCAAGGCCCAAGUCCUCGGCGACCGCGACGAUGAUGCCUGGUUCCUGGCCUAUCUGGGCACCAGGCCCAACUCGCAGGGCCGCGGGUACGCGGCGAAGCUGCUGCGCGAUAUGGUGGCGCGGGCCGAUGCCGAGAAGCGGCCUAUGUAUCUCGAGUCGAGCUCGCAGUCCAACAACGCCUACUACGAAAAGUUUGGCUUCGAGGUCCAGCGGGAUGUCUUCCUCGAGCGCGGGCCCGUCCCGAUCCGCCUGUCCAUCAUGGUUCGUGAACCCCGCGUGCCUGGCUACGAGGCCGCUUGUGCCAGGCCGAGUUCACUGGUCAAGAAGUUUGUUGUUGGUGCCAAGAAGUUGAUGGGCUGA